AAAUCAUUGGUUAAAUUUUGCAAAAAGAGGAUCGUGUGAAAAACGAGGAAGUGUAAAUGAUAUUUCUUUAUUGGAUCUGCAAUUCAAAUGAAUGCUCCGGAGGAGAUUGUAAUUUACUGUCAUUAAAUUUUACCAUACGCGUACUCAUUUGAAUUUCCUUGAAUCAAUAACGAAGAAUGAUGUAACGAUAAUGUGUUUACGUUGGAUUCGUGAUUUACACGACUGAGAAUUGUAGAUAACACUAGAAUAACACAACAAUAAAAAUGGCAACAACGUUGGAAAUACUAAGCUACGUGGUAGCGUUGCUCGUUGCGCUGUAUUAUUAUUUCACGGCGAAGUUCAACUUCUGGAGGGAUCGAUCGGUCCCAGGACCGAAGCCAAUACCAGUGUUUGGAAAUAUCUUCUGGCCGAUGAUCGGCAAACAGCCGCUCGCGGAGUUUUUGACGAACCUCUACCGUGAAUACAAAAACGAGCCUCUCGUCGGGAUAUUCGUACGAAGAACGCCUUAUCUCGUUGUGCAAGAUCCGGACUUCAUUAAAGACGUUCUUAUCAAGGAUUUCCCAACAUUCGCGAAUCGCGGAUUUUUGUUAAACGAAGUGGCAGAGCCAUUGUCGCAGCAUCUGUUCUCACUGGAAGCAAAAAGAUGGAGGCCAUUGAGGUCGCAACUCUCACCGGUGUUCACAUCCGGCAAGCUCAAAGGAAUCUUCACCCUGAUUCUCGACUGCGCCGAACACUUAGAGAGCCAUUUGGGCAAACUGGUGAACAAAGCGCAGCCGAUCGAGGUUCGUGAACUAGCGGCCAUGUACACCACCGACGUGAUCGGCAGCUGUGUCUUUGGAAUCGAGAUGAAAUCAUUGUCGGACGAGGAGAGCGAGUUUCGCCGAAUGGGCAGAGAGAUCUUCGCCACCCAUUGGAAAGCGUUACUGAAGUUCAGGAUGAAAGAAUGCGCGAGUACGCUGUACGAUUUACUCGGCUACGUCCUUCCGGCGGACGAGGUGAACGAGUUCUUCAGGAAGAUCACUAUCGAGACGCUGACGUACAGGAAGGAGCACAAUAUCGUCAGGCCUGAUUUUAUGAACACGCUGCUGGAGCUUCGGAACAAUCCCGAGAGAGUGAAGGACAUUAAGUUAAACGACACGUUACUAGCCGCACAAGCGUACGUCUUCUUCGCGGCAGGUUUCGAGACCUCGUCCACCACCAUCGCCAAUGCUCUGUACGAAUUGGCGCUGAACGAAGAGGUACAGAAGAAACUGCGCGAGGAGAUCAAGGUGUUCGAUCAGAAAACCGACGGCCAAUGGAGAUACGAGACUAUAAAGGAGAUGACCUAUCUGGACAAAGUAUUUAAAGAGACACUGAGGAAAUAUCCACCUCUGGCAUUCUUGUUCAGAGAAACAACGAAUGAUUACACGUUCCAGUCCACGAAAGUGUCGUUACCGAAAGGCUCGAGAGUGUGGAUACCGAUAUUCUCUAUUCAAAGGGAUCCAGAUAUCUAUCCAGACCCGGAGAAGUUCGAUCCUGAGAGGUUCUCGGAAGAGGCAGUAAAGGCGAGGAACCCCAUGCACUAUUUACCAUUCGGCGACGGUCCAAGAAACUGCAUUGGUGCACGUUUCGCGAUUUACCAGACGAAGAUUGGAUUGAUAAGGAUCCUGCGCAAUUACCAGGUGCAGGUUUGCGAGACGACACCGAUUCCGUACGUGUUGGAACCAGUUGCGUUUAUAUUGUGCCCGAAAGAGAGAUUGUACUUAAAGAUAGUCAAAAACGAAAUUUAAUUCGUUGAUUCGUUGCGUUAAAAUGCAAUCUCUUUUAUUAAUUUGUAAUCAAAAUUUUUUUCUUUUUUUUUUAAGUUAGGAAUAAGAGGAGAAAUUUCAAUGAUUUCACUCACUGUUACAAAUACAUGUAAAUAUAUAUAAAAUAUAUAUAAAAUUUCUGUGGAGAAUUAUAAAUUGGUCAUUUAGACCAUUUUGUUAUUUUUAGCGUUAAGAUUAUAUUGGUGCUUAUAUUUAUAUGUUGGUGGUUAUAUUUAUAUGUUUUAGUAAAAAUCAAACGAGUCCCUAAGAAUACACAACUGUUACAAAUAUAUAAAAUGUCCAUGGAAAGUUAUAUAUUAUCUAUGGUCAAUUUAUAUUAUAAUUAUUUAUUUAUAUUAUAAUUUAUAUUAUAAUUAUUAUAUUUUCAAUUUAUAUUAUAAUUAUUAUAUUUUCCAUAGGAAUUUUAUACAUUUGCUAGUCGGUACCAAAAUCAAUGAUGUUAAUUAAGUGUAAGAAACUUGUAUCUGAACCCAACGGAUCAAUCAAAUCCGUAUUCAUUUCAUGAGAAAUUUCAGUUCAGCUCUCCACUGACCAAAACUGUCAAAUCAUUGCGUUACGAUAUCGCUAUCAUUCCAAUCUGUCCGAUCUAGAAAUGGUCACGUGUUUUCCAUGGACUUGCCGGAGGCGAUUAGAAUAACACAAAAUAAAAAUGUCACGUCGCUUGCAGUUAGUCUCAGUUGGCAUUCAAACACGACAUAU